UUCAACUUCAUACGUAUCAACAGAUUAGGGUUCAAAUGGAUUUCCACAGCCUUUCAAGGAGAGAAUUGCAGGCAUUGUGCAAGAGAAACAACCUCCCCGCCAACGUCACCAAUGUUGAUAUGGCUGAUUCUCUCCAAGCUCUUGACAUUGUUGAAGGGGUUGAUGAGGUGUUCCAGGCAUGUAAGUUUGAAAUUUCUGAGUCGACAAUUGAGCCACGUUGUAGGUUGGAGAUAACUUCCCCCUAUUUGCCUCCUGUUGGUGGCAGGAGUACGAGGGCGAAGGAUGUAUUGUUGACCCCUGCUCACUCAGUUGCUAGCCGAAGGAGAAUAGCUGAGAAGGAAGACAGUGCACUUAUGCAAAUUUGUGGAACAAGGCGGUCUGCAAGGUUGGCAGAGAAGAGUGCCAAGUUAUUACAGGGUGUUACGCCGUUUUCAAAGAAGGAUUUGUUUACUGGUGAGGGUCAAGAGUUCAAAAUGAACUUGGAAAAGAGCCUUGAUGGUUCGGUUCAAGUGUCAGGACUUACUGAGGCAGAAGAGUCUGAGAGAACAGAUGAACUGUCAUCCGCUGCAACUGAAGACGAGGUGGGCAAUCACUCUGACAAUGCACUUCAAUCAAAGCUGAAGGAAGGUGUAGAUUCAAAUACCUUGACCUCCGUGGAGGAAAUAGAGGUGCCCACAAUUGAGGAGGAACGUCACUCUACUCUUGAUAAUGAUGGAUUGGAUGCUGUUCAAACUUCUGAGACCAAAAUUACGAGUGUCAAAGCUGAGAUUACAGAAGAGAAGAUUGCUGAGGAUGUUGAACUGGUGGAUGAACCAGUUGUUGAAAAUGAAGAAGAUCUUGCAUUUGCUGUAGUGUCUUCUGACACUGUUAUCCAAAGUGAUGGACAAAUAGCUUUUGAUGAGAUUGAUGAAGAUGUUGAUCUAAAUACUGAUUCAAGUGAAACCAAAUCCAAUCCUGAUGAAUCAGAUUCAGUCAAUGAUUCCAUGCCCUCUGAAAUUAGUUUGGUGAAAAAUGCAGCAGUUCCAUCAUUCAUCAAACAACCAAUCCUUUCUACACCAAAAAGGGCGUCCACAAGAAGGAUCAGAGUGAGUUCAGAUUCAGACAAUAAAGAGAACAUAGGCAGUGGAAGUAAAACUGCACCUGCAAAAGAGAGAUCAAAGAUUUUCCAGGAAAUUGCUGAGACUGUCCCCAAGCUGGAUAACGCGAGUCUGAUGAAGCUGUCAAAGAAAAUGAAGGAGCUAGCACUCACACAGAAAUCAGACAAGAAUGAGGGUGAAUAUGGGGCAUCUGCAAGGACUGCUCUCCAACCACUGUCGGAUAAUCAGAAGGCGAAGUAAACCUCUUAUUAUUGGCGUUUUUCUAUUCCACAUUUCCACUUUUUUGGAUUCUGAGAUUGGUAUAUGGUUUGAGAAAGCUAAUAAUGUUUUUAGUACUGGCUUUGUCAUUACCGCUUUGGUAAUAUCAAAAGUUUAUCUCAAACUGCUUAAUAAAUACCCUGUGAUG